CCAUGUAUCUUCCUGUGGUUCCCAUCUUGAAAAAGAAUCGUAGAUCGCUCAACCUUCUGGAUGUUCCUCAUCUACCUUCUCACCCCCAGCAGGCUGGGAGCAGCAAGCAACCCACGUCCCAGGCAGACCUGCACCUGCCCAAGGACGCCCAGGGGAAGACGGACUUCGCGGGGCUGGUGAGACAGCUCGAGGCGUGUCCCACCCUGCAGGACCAGGCCGACAUCCUCUACGUGCUCUACCUCAUGAAAGGCGCUGAUUGGGUGGUGGAGCUGUCAGGCCCCGGGCGGGGCGGGCCCAGCGUGAGCUCCCUUCUGGAGGACCUCUACAUCCAGGCUGGCAUCUGCAAGGACUGGGGCCUCAUCAGAUACAUCUCUGGCAUCCUGCGCAAGAGGGUGGCGGUCCUGGCGGAGGCCUGUACAGAUCUGGUCUCCCAUCACAAGCAGCUGACUGUGGGCCUCCCUCCUGAGCCCAGAGAACGAGUCAUCACAGCUCCUCUUCCUCCCGAAGAGCUGACCAAUGUGAUCUACGAAGCCAGCGGUCAGGACAUCAGUAUAGCUGUACUCACUCAGGAGAUCAUGGUGUACCUGGCCAUGUACGUGCGCUCACAGCCCGCUCUGUUCGGGGACAUGCUACGGCUCCGGAUCGGGCUCAUCAUGCAGGUGAUGGCCACGGAGCUCGCCCGCAGCCUGCACUGCUCUGGGGAGGAGGCCUCAGAGAGCCUGAUGAGCCUCAGUCCCUUCCACAUGAAGAACCUCCUGCACAACAUCCUCAGUGGGAAGGAGUUUGGAGUGGAGAGGAGCAUGCGCCCCAUCCAGUCCACGGCCACCAGCCCGGCCAUCUCCAUCCACGAGCUUGGCCACACGGGCGCCACCAAGACGGAACGCAGCGGGAUCCGCAAGCUGAAGAGCGACAUCAAACAGGGCUUCGGCGGUCAUUCCAUUGGUAGCAAUUACAUGUCUCACGGCUCCACGCGCUGCAGUAGCCCCUCCACCCCCAGUGGGAUGAUGUCCCCGAUUGGGGGUGACCCCGGGGACGUGCAGCUGAGCUGGGAGGAGACCCAGGGCCAGUGGCUGCGUCGGCGCAGGCUGGACGGGGCCAUCAACAGGGUGCCCAUGGGCUUCUACCAGAAGGUGUGGAGGAUCCUGCACAAGUGCCACGGCCUGUCCAUCGACGGCUACGUCCUGCCGUCCUCCACCACCCGGGAGAUGACGGAGGGAGAGAUCAAGUUUGCGGUGCAGGUGGAGUCGGUGCUGAACCACGUGCCCCAGCCCGAGUACCGGCAGCUGCUGGUGGAGGCGCUGAUGAUCCUGGGACUGCUGGCCGACGUGGGCGUGGCCAGCAUCGGGGGCAUCAUCCACGUGGACCGCAUCCUCCACAUGGCCAACGACCUCUUCCUGACCGACCAGAAAUCCCAGGGCGCCAACGAGUACUUCCUGGAGAAGGACCCGGCCACGGGGAUCUGUAACUUCCUGUACGACAGCGCCCCUAGUGGCAGCUACGGCUCCAUGACCUACCUCUCCAAGGCAGCGGUGGCCUAUGUCCAGGACUUCCUGCCCAGCUCCAGCUGCAUGAUGCAGUAAGAGCGCGACUGCCUGAUGCAGUAAGAGUGCAACUGCCUGGGGUCAUUGUUUUAGAGAAGCCUUGUUAAUGUUGAAUUCCUAUUUAAACCGUUACCUCUAUGAAUAUUAACAAAGGUUGUCUCCUGAAUAACAACAUAACAUUACAGCAACUGUCUAAAAUGUAUGUUGGUGUGACUAAAGCAGAAUAUGUGCUUGUUUGGUAAAUUAAUCAGUUGUAUGUAAGUGUUUCAUUAUCAUACUCGUUGCAACCCAUAUACCACUAUCUUGAAAUGUAUGUAUGUCAGCUAUUCGGUUUACUGUUACACUGUUACACUGUAUGGAAAUGAAUCAACCUUUUUAGCUACCGAUCCCAAUGUGAAUGCCUGAUACCUUUUAAUGAUCAGCUUGUGCUAUAUAAAGUAUUAACAGUGUUUGCUAGUUUGCUUUAAACGGUUACAUAUGUUGUUUAUCAUUUCAGUUUGUUCAUAUAUAAUAUAUUAAGAACAAUGCAAUUCUAAUCCAUGUGAUAAGCUUUCACAGGCUGCCUCAAAACACAGAUUUCAUGUUAUUGAAACAGGGAAGUACAUGGUUAUAUAAGAGCAGAGAAUGACUAUUCUGGCCAGUGGUCUAAUCCUACUGCCAUGGCUCAUGAGCAAGGUGCCGGCUAGGUGAAUCUUAAGUAGUACCUUUGUAACCUGAAGGAAACUUGAUAAAACAAUAGACCAUGUUAGUUUGAUAUUUUAUCCUUCAAUGCAGAAUAUAAUAGUUUAAUAUACUGUAAUACAUAUAAGGUUCCGACAUAUGCUAAUAUUUAUGAUAAUGCAGAUUAAAUGUGUAUUUAACAUAACCAUAUAUAGGUUAAUAUUUUUUUAUGAAUAUCUUGUACUGGGGUUGUGUUUGGUCAUUAAAUAAAAACAUCUGUCCAAAUGUGUGGCUGAGAUUUGAAAGAACCAUUGUCAAGAUUACAUACUUUGGUGGUAAUUAUUCAAUUUGAAUGGUUAUAUUAACAAUACUACAUUUCUAAAGGUGUACAAAUUCUAACUACGCAUGCACCAUUGUCAACUAUAAGUGGUCCUUGUUGUCUAGUUACUCUCUCUAGCUGGUUAGUGGUCCUUGUUGUCUAGUUACUCUCUAUCUCUUGCUGGUUAGUGAUCCUUGUGGUCUAGUUUGUGUCUCUGGCUGGUUAGUGGUCCUUGUGGUCUAGUUAGUAUCCU